UUAAUUGUAGAGAGAACUUCAUGUUGGCCAGAGAAAACUUUUAAUGAAAAACUGGAACAGCUCAAAGAAAGCGAGGACUAUGAGUUUCGAAUCCAAAAACUAAUAAGUUUUAUGAAUAUUGAAACUUAUAAUCUUUACUCAAAUCAACGUGAUCACGUGGAAAACAAUGACUUUAAGGACAUCGUUAAGAGAGUAGAUUACCUUGACUGUUCAGGUCUUCAGAUUACUGAUGCUGAAAAGCAGAGUAAAAGUUUUGAGCCGUUCUCUCAAUCCAGUGUUGAGGAUUUUCUUGAAUGGAUGACAGACUUUAACAAAGUCUUCAGAAAGACACAGUCUCCAAAAUGUCGUCUCAUUUUAUCUCUCCUUUUCUCUGAAUAUACAAAAAAAGCAAUGCUAGAAUUUAAACCAAAAGACCUUUCAUUAAUUAUUUAUCCAUGCCUGGAAUUCGCUAUUGAAAAUCAAAACCACAUAUUGAUUUUAGAGAUUGUGAGGUCGUACCUAAUUGAUUUUGAUUUUCAUUUGAGUAAACUGUUUAAAGACAAGAAAAGAAUUUCUUCUUUUAUGGACACUUUUUUGACCACAGCGAAAUACAGAAUUUUAAGAGAAUGUCCAAGACUUCGACAAAAUGCAAUCAGACUAUCGUUCUGUAGUGAAUGUAGUAAGGAAAGUAGGCUUGUGAUCAUGAUGUCAUACAAAGGUAGCAUAGAAACGAAAGACAGAAUUCUGGAAAAUCUCAUGGGGGUGAAUCUGGUAUUGUAUAACUAUACUCAACCAUCUGAUGAAGGAUAUACUGUCUUCAACUCCUCUUCUGCUUCUUUCUCAUCAAGUAACGUGCCUGUUAUACCAGAAAAUGACGCAAGAAAACUUUUCAAGAAGCAUUCCAACCUUACUCUGAUAUCGGCAUCUCCAUAUAAAUCAUCAGGAUAUUUCAAAGGAAAACAUGUCAUUGUCGAAAAACACUGCAUAAGCCUUUUGUGUUUGCAUAAAGGCUACAUUCCUUUUGGAGAACGACAGUUUCCUAAACAAAUUAAUGGCUUUGACGUAGAUGUUCAGGAGGGAUAUUGUUCUUUAGGAAGUGAUAGAUCUAUAGAUUUUGGAGGACAUAUUCGUCGUGCCAAGAGAAUAAAUACUCCUGGACAUGGAAGCAUCGGGGGUUUUGUUGAUUGGCCAGGCGAUCCAAGGAAUCCUAAUGGAAAUACAGUUUGUCUAAUAACCUGCGCUCAUGUCGUGUUUUCUACAGAAGAACUGAAAAUGUCUCGGGAGGAACUCAAAGAUAAACUGAAUAAAAGCAGUGAUUUUGAGGUUGAGGUUUUUGAUAAAAACCAGCAUAAAUUUCAAGUGUGUGGACAUAUUGUUGAUAAAGAUUUCAUAGGAAGGCGCUCAUUCAUCCACAAUUCCGUUGACGCAGCUUUGAUCAAACUUGACCCAACUUUAAAGGAGUUUGGGUUCCCAGUUACUCAACCAAACCAGUUAUACUCAGCAGGUUUUGACCCAAAUAAACCACCUGUUUUUAAAGGAGAUAUUGUUAAUGUACAAGAUCCUGAGCCUAAUCAGAAAAUUAGAGGCAAAAUUCCAGGUAAAUGA